AAUCCCAUUUCAUUGUCAAACAUGACACAGCUCCAAAAAAGGUAGUUUCCACAAAGGAAUUGGGUUUUCUAAAUUUUACUUAUUGGUGUAGAGUGUGGAAAAACAAAGCUUUUAUGAUCAUUUUAUUGUUUAGUGUACAAGACUCCAAUUCCAAACCAUUUUCAAAGGAGGAAUAAUUCUCCCUUUUCUGGACUUUGCAUCAUUGUCACUGGCUCUAUGAUUGUUACAGUCUAGCUUGAGUUUCUAGGAAGGUGGGUGGGUUCUCCCUCUCAUGUCCUAGCUGUACCACCCAAUGAUACAAAACACAUUACAAAAUCUCUUCAUCCUAUGGUUGGGGAAUUCUUUUUGAUAGCUUAUUGCUGUCUUAUUUGCUGUUCAGUGUUCUUUUCUUGUAUUAAAAAAUGGCUUCCAAAACCAAGGCUUUUUCUUUCUUCUUUAUUUCAAAAUCUGAAAAUAUUUCUCAAUGUAUUCAAUUUCCUCUGUACUUGGGUAGUCUAUGAUUAAGAUUUUAUUGCAAAAUUUCCCUGUCUGGCCAGACAUUUAUGGUUUCAUUUCAGAUUUGGCAUUCCAUCAAUUGCAAGUUUGCUUAGAAAACGUCUACAAUGAACUGAAACUUGAGGGAAAGGCCAAAAACGCUUCCUUUUUUUUUUCUAUCUUUAAAACCCCAUUUGGAGUAUUGGGAGAGUGAUGCAUAUAGAAGCUGCCAUAGCAGCAAAAGAUGGCAAAUCUGGUUCCUGGGGUGCUUCUAAAACUCAUGCAGCACAUGAACACGGAUGUGAAGGUCACUGGUGAGCACAGGUCCUCUCUUUUGCAAGUGGUGAGCAUUGUUCCAGCGCUUGCAGGGGGUGAGUUGUUCCCAAAUCAAGGCUUUUACCUCAAGGUUUCUGAUUCCCUUCAUGCCACCUAUGUCUCUCUCCCUGAUGAACAUGAUGAUCUCAUCCUCAGUGACAAGAUUCAACUGGGGCAGUUUGUUUUUGUGGAUCGCUUGGAGGCAGCUUCACCAGUUCCUAUUCUUCAUGGGGUUAGGCCUGUUCCUGGGAGACACGCUUGUGUUGGAACCCCUGAGGACAUUGUUGCAACAACUCACUCACUUGGCUUCCUUAGCAAUGCUAAGGCUAACAAGAAAAGUGCUCGUUCUGGUCCCUUGGACUUAUUAGAGAGGUCCAAGUCUCCUAGGAAAGUGUUGGAGAAGGAGAAGAAGGAGAAAGUGAGAUUGACUAAUGAAGAGCAAUCAGACAAGAAACCAGUGCUUUUUGCCAAGAGUAAAUCUCAGACAACAAAAGCUGUGGCUGAUGUGAAGAAGGAAUCAUUGGGGAGAUUGAAGUCCUUUAAUUCAAGGGCUAUUCCUUCUUCUCCUACUAGUUGCUACUCUUUGCCUACUUCUUUUGAGAAAUUCGCCAAUGGGGUGAAGCAGCAGGCAAAUAUCAAGGGAGUGGACAAGCUAACUGCUAAGGUCGGAGUGGUGGAGAUGGGAAAGGGUGUGCGUGGAGCUAGUCCAACCGGGAAGAGAAUUUCGGUCGGAAACCCGAUCCGAAAUUUGGUUCAGGGAAUUGAGCUUGGAGCUAAGGCGCUCCGUAAGAGCUGGGAAGGGAAUAUGGAAGUCAAGACUAAAGAGACAUCCAAAUUAAGAGCUGCCAAGUGUGAUCCUAAGCCUGAGGUCCGUGGCUCAACUCCUAGGAGAAGUACUUCAAGUGAAAAGUUACCCUCUAAAGAAGAGAGCAGGAUGCAACCGCAGACAAAGUCCUCCAAGGAAGAGCACAGGACUCAAACAUCUAUAAAGAAAGUUAUUGCCAAUGGAACCACGGAAGAACAAGAAAAAUCAAGUAAGCAAAGAGUUUCUGUUGGAAAGAAAUCGUCAGAUGUUUCUAACACUGGAUUUCCUGGAAACUUGGUCAAAGUUUCUCCAAAUAGUAGAAAAGUGACAGAUGCAAGUGUUCAAUGGACUUCACUGCCGUCAUCUAUUGCAAAGCUUGGGAGGGAAGUCAUGAAGCACAGAGAUGCAGCACAGAUGGCAGCAACUGAAGCUAUACAAGAGGCUGCCGCUGCUGAGAGUUUGCUGCAAUGUCUAAGUGUAUAUGCAGAGCUAAGCAAUUCUGCUAAGGAACUUAAUCCGCAGCCUACAAUAGAGCAGUUCUUAACUCUUCAUUCUAGCCUCAUUAGUGCGAGGAUAAAUGCUGACUCGCUAGCUAAAUCCAUUCCAGUUGAUUCUUCUCCAGAUAAUUCUUCUCCAGAUAAUAAUGAAAGAAUCAUAACAGAAGAGGCACUAAAACUCAAAUCAGAUAGACAAAAGCGUGCGAAUUCUUGGGUCCAGGCUGCUUUAUCCACCAACCUAUCAUCCUUUUCUGUUUAUAACCGAGAACCUCUAUCAUCCAAGCUUCCAGUUUCAACCAAUUCUCAGAACCAAAAGAACAUCCUGGGAAGUCAAACAAUGUUAGUCAUAGAAAAUUCAAGUGGAGAUGCUGCAUCAAAGUCUCAUGGAAAAAGCCGUCAGACGACUAAUUCCAAACCUGCCUUGCAAGGAACUCCUCGCAAAGCAAAUGAUGCAUUGGCCAAUGGACACAAGCAACUAGUCCAAUCACCACCGUUGCAGUGGAAUAGAGGAAAUGGCUUUGAUGAGGUGGUUAGUUUGGCUGACAUGCUGCAACUGCGGUCACGAGAUUGGUUCUUGGUGUUUGUUGAGAGAUUCUUGGACACUGAUGGGGACACUGGCUUGUCAAAUAAUGGCCAAAUAGCGGGUAUGCUCACACAACUGAAAAGUGUGAAUGAUUGGCUUGAUGAGAUAGGAUCAAGCAAGAAUGAGGGAGAACCAUGCCAGAUACCAGCAGAUACAAUUGACAGGUUGAGGAAGAAGAUAUAUGAAUAUCUUCUUACACAUGUUGAAUCCGCUGCUGCGGCACUCAGUGGUGGAUCACAGUCAUCACCUAGAAUCCAAACAGCAGAGAUCAAAGCCAAAAAGUGAUGAAUGAGUACAUAGAUUAGGUUGAGGAUGCAUUAUUUAUGGUGGCAUGGGAGGAAAUUUAGUCACCAAAAGUUGUUCAAAAGAAUUUCUCUUCUUCCACUCAUUUUUUUUUGUACAUAAAUCCUGCAUGUGUUUUGGUCUUGGGAAGUAGCCAAUGUGAUUUGUGAGGAAUUUCUUUUCCUUUAACUAAGUUAUUGCCAUAUGAAAUUACAGAAAUUGAAACAGUGGACAGAUAUAAGCAGAAGUGAUUCUUGCAUGAUUA